AUGCCACGCGUCCGACCCGGCUCGUCCUCCAGCACCGUCUCCUCACGCGCCAACCAGCUGCUAAACAAACUCAAGGAUCAUCUGGGCUCUGGGACGCUCCAGCCGGAGCGCGCACACCAACUGUUCGACAAAUUGCUGCGCCAAACCGUUCCGGUAUCAGCGUUCGCACUCAAUGGCUUAUUUGCCGCCCUCGCGCGUGCGCUGCCCUCCGCUGCCUGCACCGACGGCCCUGCUCUAGCCAUUGCUCUCUUCAACCGCAUGGCUCGAGAGGGCCGCCGGGUGAUAGAGCCCAACAUUUACACCUACAACAUACUAAUUGACUGCUGCUGCCGCUCGCGCCACCCUGACCUAGGUCCCGCCUUCUUCGGCUUCCUCCUCAAGACAGGCAUCAAGGCGGACAUCAUCACCUUCAACAGCCUAUUGAAGUGCCUCUGUGACAUGAUGCAGAUGGAGGAGGCCCUCAACAUGCUGCUCUACAGGAUGCCUGAGCUGCCUGAUAGCAUCUCCUACUCAAUAAUUAUUAAGAGCUUAUGUGACAAUGGGAGGAGCCAAUGUGCACUUGACCUGCUCCGGAUGAAGGCCAAAAAGGGAGCUGACCACUACCCUGGAUUGGUGGCAUACAACAGGGUAAUCAAUGGCUUAAUUAAGGAGGGUGAACUAAGCAAAGCAUGCUCUCUAUUCCAUGAAAUGAUGCAGCAGGGGGUCGUGCCUAAUGUGGUGACGUAUAGCUCCAUUAUCGAUGCAUUGUGCAAAGCAGGAGCAAUGGACAAGGCAGAGGUGGCCCUUCGACAAAUGGUUGGUAAUGGUGUUCGACCGGAUAUUUUUACAUAUACUAGCCUGAUCCAUGGAUAUUCCAUUUCAGGCCAGUUUGAAGAGGUCGUUAGGUUGUUGGAAAAAUUGAGAAGUCAAGGUGUCAAACCAACUGUUUUUACUUGCAACACAGUCAUGGACUACCUUUGCAAGCAUGGAAAAAUCAAAGAAGCUGCAGAAUUUUUUUAUUCCAUGCCUGAGAAGGGCCAUAAACCUAAUAUAGUGUCAUACUCUAUUAUGCUUUAUGGGUACGCUAAAGAAGGAUCCCUUGUUGAAAUGACUGAUCUCUGUGAGCUGAUGGCAAGAGACGGUAUUGUACCCGAUCUCCAUUGUUUAAACAUACUGAUUAAUGCAUAUGCUAAGUGUGGAAUGAUGGAUGUAGCUAUGCUUUUCUUCAAAGACAUGUUGAAGCAGGGAGUGAACCCUGAUGAAGUCACAUAUUUAGCUGUGAUAACCGGGUAUUGCAGAGUGGGCAUGAUGGAUGAUGCUAUGGAAAAAUUCAAUGAGAUGAUCGAUAUGGGAGUACCACAUAACUCAACUGUUUACAGGUGCAUGAUUCAGGGUUACUUAAAUCAUGGUGAUUUCUUGAAAGCAAAGGUAUUGACUACUGAAAUGAAGACCAAGGGUAUCCAUCCUAGACCACGGAAAAGCCAAAGAAUUGAUUCAGGGUACCUCAUGACACAACUAUUUACAGGUGCAUGA